AUUUUACAUCACUUUUUUUUACAGUGAUUCAUAGCUCAACAAUAUUUAUCUAGGGUGUAUUGCUGUUAAAGGAUAUUGAUGGGAUACUGGAAUCGGUGGGUGAAUAAUAUAUGGUUUAUUUUCAAUGAGAGCUGCAUAUACGCAUCCAUGGUGCUUUUUAAAAGACAGUGACGAAUUUUUUACACUUAUCACUGUAUUCUUAUUAUGAUGUCAUCUAAAAGUCACACUGGAAGACGGCAAUUCUGAUGUCAAGCGGUGUGAAAGGAUGUCCUGAAAUCUUUCAGUGGUCCCCUGGUGAAGCGGUUCCAGAUGACUAUACAUUUUACGAACCGAUACGUUUGGUAGAAUGGCUGCCUACUAGAAAUGGCGAACCAUUCAUUAUCUUUUCUGGUGGUGGACGUUCUUCUGGAGCUCAAACUGUCAUUCAUUCACCAGUAGCUACUACUAAUGUCUCCUCAACUUCGUUACUUAAUUCAGAUCAAUCUGAAAAUGAUCCAAAUUUAUCAUCAUCAUCAUGUAUGGUUUCUAGUAAUCAUAUGUUAACUAUCAAAAGAGGCAAAAAGUUGGUUGUUUUACAAUUGGAUCAUAAACUCGUUCAAUUUACAUCUCUUUGUGUGUCUCCUUACACAAGUGAGACAAUGGAUCCUUAUGCAGUUGCCAUAUUAUUACAAGAAGAUCUUGUUGUUAUUGAUCUCUUAUCUACAAACUUCGCAACAUUUGAAAACCCAUAUCCAAUGGAUUUGCAUAGUUCUCCUGUCACCAGCUGUUUAUAUUUAGUUGAUUGUCCUGGAGACUUGAUACCUGCUUUCUAUUCUGUUAGCAGUCGUCGGAACCGUACUCAAAGUGGCACGUGUGCUGAACCUGAUGUGUUCAGCAGUCGCGAAUGGCCUAUUACUGGAGGAGAAUGGCGCUUAAGUAAUCAACAAGUUCCCGAAUUAAUCAUAACGGGACAUGCUGAUGGAUCUGUUCGAUUUUGGGAUGCAUCCGAAGUUUCGUUGACGCCACUCUAUAAGUUUCGUACUUCGAAGUUGUUUGCAAACCCAUCAAAUGGUACAUCUAAUCCUGUUGAAACAGGCAGUACUUCACUUUCUGAUGCAAAAGAUAUCAAUGCUCAAUAUUCUCCGAUUUUAUUAGCAACUGAAAGCGAUCCUCUUGCCAUACAUUUUAUGCACUUCUGCUCGGAUUCCCGUAAACUGUUAACUGCAAGCAGUACCCAUACUUGUUUAUUACACUUCAGUCGACGAGAAAUAAAUCUUGAAACUGCAGUUAUGGAUAUCAAUAUGGCUUAUGAUGGAUUAGAUGAUAUUGGUUUCGCCUAUUCAACUGGUGAUACUUUCUCUGAUGAUCAUUUGAAUACUGCUGAAAAUUUAUCUGGUAACGUGACUAAGGAUACUGUCCAACAGUCAUUACCUCAUGUAUCCAGUGGAAGUGUUAGCUCUUAUCAAUCUGCAUCUCCGACAGAAAGGGAUUUACGUGUAUUCGUUCCAGUACGUCAAGGUAGCCAUUAUUGGCCUCCAGGCUAUCAACCACUUCUUGUUUGUCGUGUAGGCAUACUUGGACUAAGCUUUGAAUCAAAUCUAAAGUCAAGUACCGAUCCUACAGCUUCCUGUCUCAUCCCUCCGCCAUCCAUUACAGCUAUUAGUAUGAGUUCAGCUUUUAGUUUAAUGGCUAUUGGAAGUGAAUUCGGGAUUGCUGUUGUGGAUUAUGUUCACAAGAUUAGCUUGCUGUCUAUUUCGUCUUCUGACUUAUUAAGUCGCGGUCCUAUCAAUCUAACUGGGUCGUCUGCUUCAGGUGAAGUGAAAUUCUGUGAUCAGAAUAAUAGUUCAGCUGGCUCAACUUCGUUAGCUAAUACAUGCAUUAUAAACAAUCAGACAGCUUUGAAAAACGUCCACUCAAAUUCAGAUGCUGUACAAUCGAGUGAGUCAUCUAGUACCGGUUAUACAACACGCUAUGUAUUAUCAAGAGCUACAACUGUUAAAAGUGAAUUGAAACGUGCCAAGUCCCAAGGAAACUCUUCAGUCAUAUUACGUCAACCAGAAAAGUGCUCCGACCUUUCACAGUUUUCACAUCCGGGAAGUUUAACCGCAAGUUCUAGCUCAUUAGAUAAUCUAAACUGUGAGACAAUUAAAACAAUUUUGUUCACUGAAUGGAUAUCUCCUAAACAAGACUUACAUUUUGUCCCAAAUCUCUGGAUCGGGACAUCUCGUGGAUGUGUCCUUGCUUUGAAUCUAAAGUAUCGAGUAUUGAAUAAUGUCCCAAUCAAUCACUCAUAUUGUAUUGCUUCUUUGUAUCGUUUACGUGGAGAUAUUAUUCACAUUAGCCUGUUGGAUAAUACCGGUGAUAUUUUACCGAGUCCUUCUGAGCGUUGGGAUGAUUCAUUUAUUUUCAAAGGUGGUGCUGCCUCUGAACUUUCGAAACAAGCAUCUCUUAUAUCUUGUUCAUCCAUAUGUUCUGAAGGAACUUCUAUGUAUACUAAUGCUGACGCAUAUAGUUCAACUGAUACUGGUUUCAAGUCUUGUGGUGGUGGUGGUGGCAGUGUUCGAGCAUUGAAAGAGUCAGUUAUUCGACAAAAUACGGUCACCACACAUACAUCUUCAACAUCAACAUCGGGUCACUCUAGUACUAUACUAUCCAAUACUAUGAGCGGUGGUGGCAGUACAUUUCAGUCAAGUGUUACAGCUGGACUUGAUUCUCCUACAACAUCCAAAGGUUUUAUCGAGUGUGACCGACAGCUGCUUGUCCUUUGUUCUGAAAAGCAAGCUCGAGUAGUUGCACUUCCUUCACAAAAUUGUCUUUAUAAGGUAAAAAUAACUGAAACAAGUCAAGUGGUACGUGCUUCCGUACAACGUUUGAGACCAUCGCAUAAUAGCGGAACAUCAACAGCUAGUUUCCUCGCGUGUUAUCUUGCAAAUGGACAUUUUGUUGCCUUCUCAUUACCAAGUUUACGUUUAUUAAUGGAUGUAGAUUAUUUACCGUAUACAGAAUGUGUAAGUCGUUCGUUUGCAUUUGGUCAGUAUGGUCAAUCUGUGUAUUUGGUGUCGCCCUCAGAAUUAGCUAAAAUCACCUGGGCAUCAGAUGUUUGUGCGAAUUUACGUGAUAUGCAAGGUGAGAUAUUUCUACCAAGUAAUAUGCCAGAACCUCCUAAGAAAAACUUUUUUAAAAAUUUGUUAAGUGGAACUUUGGUAUCUUCAUUAGAUCGAGAUGAAUUGUUUGGUGAAGCAAGUUCGGGGAAGGGGACACCUGGCGCUACUACUCUACUACCAAAUGCUCGUAUGGAAAAGUUAUCUGGUCAAACUGGUGCUGCCUCUUCUGAAAUUGCACGAGCUAGAAAUGCUGCCAUCGAACGUGAAGACUAUUAUUGCAGCAAUCGACUCUUGCUUAUUUUCCUACUUGAUUGCUCUCAGAUUAGUGAAACAGCUGUGGCAUCCAAUUCUCGUACAUUCAAUUCAAAUUCAUGGAGAGGCAGUACGUAUCUCGUAUCCUAUCCAGUCUCUGAACAUUCACCAUACGCGAUGGCACGGCAGGAUCAGCAAACGAAUCUCCCGGGUCCUAAAACAAAAUACAUCAACCGUUACUCGACUUUUCAGUCUAAUGUACCAUCCUAUCCACUAUUUGUGCAACCAGCCAUGAAUCCUGAUCCCAAACAACCAUCAUAUUUAGUUGAACAACAACCUGUACAAAGUCGCACAACUAUCGCGUAUUCUAGUGACCAACAAAUCCAACCAACUGCAACAAACACUGUUUCUGAUGACGAAAUGGAAAUCACGCCUAGAACAAUUGCUCAGAACCCACAGUACUCAGACUCUUCUAUUGUUGGUGCCCCGGAUGAUGGAGUUAUCGGGAGUAAUGGCGGUAUUCUCGGAAGUCCGCAAGAUGUCGCAGUAGUUGAAAGUGCAGGUCAAUCACUUUAUUCCGGUGAUACGAGACAAAACCCAUAUUUGUAUCCUAGUCCAGUGCCACCAGAUCCAAGAUUUUAUAGUUCGCCCAUGAAUCCUCCUCGAUAUCAAUUAGAUAAACGUAUCAAUACUGCAUACUAUGGGAUAGGUCAAUAUGAACAGCCGUUGUACAGUCAAGUACCUAGAGGAACUAUUCCCUCAUCACAGUAUACAAAUGGACCUACAAGCACUAGUAUACAUUAUUGGAAGAAAGCUAGGCGUGGUCAAACCAAGUCGUGGCAUCUCUCGAACUGAGUUAUGUGUGAAGUAGACUGCCUGGUUGGGAUCUGGAUGACUGUCGCAAUCAAUGUUUGGAGACUGGUCGACAGAGAUCAGAAUCGUUUGGAAUAGUGCAGGUGCACAACUUUUAUCGGCCUUUCUAAGGUUUUAACUUAUUUUGUAAAUUUGUUUGAUUCUGCUAACCUUCUUAAAUAAUCUCUUCUGCAUCUAAUCUUUUUUCUUAUCACUACUACUGUUACUACAUCUACUCCAGGAUUCGUCUCGAUUAUUUUAUCUAGCCGUGUGACAACUUAGACUGGUGUAUAUAUGUCGUGGGUCCUACUUUGAACAUAACUGACUGGCUGACUUCAUUUACCUUGUGCCUCUAGUAGUCUGAAUAACAGAUUGAGCUAUUGAAUAUUAGAAGCUGAAAACGAAAUAGGUAACUUUGAGCGAUGAAGGUAUAGGAC